AUGGAGUGGAAUGAGAGAAUUAUUGAUUUUUCAGUGGCUCACGCCAAGUGCUCACGAGCUAAGAGAAGGGACCUUUGGCUGGAACUGGCCACUAACCCUUCUGGUUGUCCAAGAACGAUUAUCGGGGAUUUCAAUGUGACCUUAUUUGGUAAUGAGAGAAGAGGGCUUAGCAGAUUUUUCUUAGGCGCUGCUUCUGAAUUUGGAGCCAUGGUUGAUGCCACAUCUAUGAUCCAAAUUCCUUCCUCUGGCAGGAAGUUCACCUGGAGUAACAACAGAAGGUCUGGCAACGUGGUAGCUGUCUUGGAUAGAACUUUUGUGAACGAAGAUUGGUUGAACUCCUUCGAUGACUGCUCUCAGAAGAUCCUUCCCCGAAUUGCAUCGGAUCAUGCACCCCUGCUGAAGCUGAAGAGCUUAAAGCUUGCUAUCAAAUCUUGGUCAAGAAGGGCCUUCCCUAACCUGAAUCGCGAGGUUGAUAGCGUGAAGAUUGAGUUGGAGGCAGUACAAUCUCGCAUAGAGGAAGAGGGUUACUCCGAGCACCUUUUCGACUUGGAAGCUGUUGCCAAGACUAGGUUCUGGAAAGCUAUUGACAAUCAUGAAAACUAUGGGCUCAAAAGUCUAGAAUCAGAUGGUUGA